AUGGAAACCCGUCAUUAUUGGGAGGAGAACGGACAUACGGUGAAAUAUGACAGUUAUAAUUCAAAUGACGGCUUCGGUCGACCGAAUGGAGACCAGCUGAACUUCUCCGCGCGUUCUGAGGAUGAAGCGGAAUACCUGGCUGGCACCGGAGCUUACCUCAAGAAGGGGAAGGUCUCGAGGCAAGAUCCGAUGUCGCAUCGAAUCAUAGAGAAAAGGCGACGAGACCGCAUGAACAAUUGCCUCGCGGACUUAUCUCGUCUGAUCCCACCAGAAUACCUGAAGAAAGGUCGUGGAAGAGUUGAAAAGACUGAAAUCAUCGAGAUGGCCAUACGCCACCUCAAAUUCCUGCAGGAGCGAGUCAACGCCGCUGAGAGGCAGGCGGGGGAGGAGCAAUUCAGGACUGGGUACCAGGAGGCGGUCGGCGAGGCCGUUAGGUUCCUCGUCGAGGUGCAGGGCUUCGGGCCGGCAGACGGUCUCUGCGUGCAGCUGGCUUCGCAUCUGCAGAGGCACUGCGAGAUUAUUACCAAAGGAGAGACAUUACCCCGAGAGAAACCUCAGCGGUCGCAAGCCGGUUCCUCUUCAGAGACGGCGAGCUCGUCGAGCAGUUCCCAUGGCUACGCGGUGAAAGGAGUUAUCCAGCAUCCGGAGCCUCUGCCCGCCUUCCCUCGAGAGCCCUACGAGGCCGAGAGGCCCGUUGUCCCCUAUCCUAUGGAGUGUGAUAGAGUACCAAACGGAGUUGUGGCGAUAGUAGAAAAUGAAGCAGCUUUAGAAGAACCCCUUCCAUUGGACGGACGAUGCAAGCGUUCGCCUACACUGCGAAAAGUUCGAAAGCCCGAACACGGCGAAGACUACCUACAUUCCUACAAAUUUAAAAACUCAAUAGAGAGGCGAUUCUCCAGGUCACAGGAUAAUGAAGCUGCACAGCAGGCAGUGCGACCUGCGCAUGCGCACGGCAAGGUGUACUCGCACAAGAGGCGACGAGCUACAAAGCCCGCACCCUCCACUUCCACUUCAGCUUCUGGCUCUACAGAGGACGCGAGGGAUACUUCGCCACAGGAUACAUCGAGUGAAUCCCCGCAUCACCAUCAGUAUGAAAAACCGCUGCCCCCCACACAAUUCGUCCCCGUCUUUGCUCUCAAUGCUCUAGGAAAAUACUAUGUGCCAUUAAGUGUUGAUUACGCGUGCCUUGCGCGACACCUAGGGCCAUACGACGUUUUGGACGCAAGAGCUGUGCAUCUAUCAGCGCCUCUCCAUCCAGUGACGAUCCAUGUCAACUUCCAACCGUGUCUUAACUAUCACGUGAAGAGGGAGCCGAAUGAGCGCGACUGGAGGCCCGUAUAA